AUGGUCUCGGGCAGCCCGAUGGAUCAACGACUGGACCAGUUCAGAUCCAGCCCGGCGCCCUCUGGCAGCGCUGGUUCCUCCUCUGCUUCGGUCUACCACGACUCUCUCGCGCAGAGUGAGGCCAUGAGCAGAAGCAAUUCGCUUCAGCGUUCGAGAUCGGGCGGGAUGCUUGCUGUCGAUACUCAGCGCACGCCCGAAGAGCAUGAGCCUGGCCAGCUAGGCUCAAGUCACCUCGCCUCGCCUUCACCCUCGAUGCAGAGUCAGUCGCACAACUCACAGACGACAGACGACGAGGACGACGAAUCGGAGGAUCAGGCGGGCACGACUGUACACAGCGCGCGAGAGGUCGAGGUCGACCGUAUCAGCCGUCGUCUGAGCAGGCGAAUCCACACGCACUCCCAAUCGCACGGAAGCAGCUCCACGCCUCUGAGCGCAACAGAACCGCCGUCAGCUGGCCGUGCCGGUGAGAGCGCCGAAGAGGAAAGCGGCGAAGAAUCGACCGUGGAGGUGGAAGAAGAUGAGGACGAGGAGGAAGAUGGCGAUUACCGAAAGCGUAUCACACUGCCGGCACUUGCGACCCCGACUGCUAGCAUGGCUACACCCUGGCCUUUUGGUGCCAUCUUACACAACGCGAACACCGCAGACGACGAUGACGAGGAGAUCAUCGCCGCUUCUCAGGACGAAACGUCUCGCGAACCGUCAACCCCCGUCCUCGAUUACCGAGCUACGCGCGCAGCACACUCCAACACUGGCGGAUCCUCACGCCGGCGCGUUGCAGAUCCUCUGCUUGACGGUGAUGAUUCGACGAGCGUUGACUUUGAGCGUGAUGAGGAAUUCGAAGACGAAGAAAACAGCAGGCCUACUGCAGCUACUCGGCAGCGUCGGCGCAACACCCUCCGUGCGGGAGAAGCUAGAACGCUCUCUCUCGAGGCAGCAAGCGGUAUGAGCACAUCAGAGACGUCAUCGCCCGCUGUCUCGCCGUCUACGACAACAACUACGAUUCCUGGCGAGGAAGAGAUGAACAAGCGCUCAGAGGACUUUGACGAGAUGAGCAUGGUCCUUGCCGGAGCCGAAGGUGCCAACGGUCAGAUCACUGAUCCUGCCAAGCUGCCGCAUGAGAUCUUGCUCGCCAUCCUGCGAUUGGUGACCUCGACGAAGGAUCUCCAAUCUUGCCUCCUCGUCUGCAAAUCUUGGUGCCAGUGCGGCGUUGAGCUGCUCUGGCAUCGACCCAUGUUCGCUCGCGUGACGUCUUUGCUCAAGAUGCUCGUCAUUCUUCGUUGGCCGAAGCAGACGUUUCACUACUCGAGCUUCGUCCGCAAGCUCAAUUUCUCGACCCUUGCUUCGGACAUGUCGGAUCAGAUCCUGUCUCGCAUAGCAUGCUGCGAGCGACUCGAGCGACUGACUCUCAUCAAUUGCACCGAAAUAACAGACAACAGUCUCGCCACUGUUCUCUCACAUUGUCACAACAUUGUCGCGCUUGAUCUGACAGACUGCAAGCUCAUCACAGACAAAAGUAUCCUCGUCGCAGCUCGUCAUCUCAGUCGUCUGCAAGGUGUCAAUCUGGGCGGUUGCAAAGAACUCACAGACAUUUCUCUCAAUCAGCUUGCGCUGAAUUGUAGACUGCUGCGCCGGGUCAAGCUGCGACAUUUGCAGAAUAUCAGCUGCGUCCCGAUUGUCCUCUUCUCGCAAAAUUGUCCACUCCUGCUCGAAGUCGACACCUUGUCGUGCCCUCAAAUAUCGGACGCUUCGCUUUGGGCGCUCUGGCGCUAUUCUACUCAUCUGCGCGAGCUCAGUCUCAACUACUGCGUCAACAUCACCGAUGCUGCUUUCCCGAUCCGUCACGGGCCUUCGCCAUCUCGGCUGUUCAUCGGCGAAGCAGGAGCUUACCUGGCCCGCGAGGAAGCCCUGCGUCAAGACCAGCUAGACCUGAUCGGUCCAUUAGCCGAACGAGCUUACGAGUCUGUCACUACAGCACCCCAAGCAGAAGUCGAGGCCGUCACAGACGCUGUCCUGUCAGAGUACACAAAGCUCCAAUCUGUCGUGCCGCCGCCUGCGGUUGCCCUUGGUAACCACUCUGUCGAGUCUUUUCGAGGUCGAGGAGAGCAGAGCGGUAGCCCUGGAACGCAGCCAGCUCCGCAUUCCCGUUCCCAGGGCGCACGAGACGGCCGAAGCAACGCAAGACCGACGACAUCGUUUGGUCUGCCCAUGGUACACAUUACCUCCAAGAACUUCGAACAUCUGCGUUAUCUCGACAUGACCGGUCUCAACAAGAUCACAGACGCCGCCAUUGCAUCCAUCGUCGCUAAUAUGCCCCGCAUUCGCAAUCUGAUACUCUGCAAAUGUACCAAUUUGACUGACGAAAGCAUCUAUAGCAUCUGCAAGCUGGGCAAGCAUCUACAAUUCCUGCACUUGGGUCAUGUCGGCAGACUAACAGAUAGUGCCAUCACAAUGCUGACUCGCCGCUGCACACGCCUUCGCUACAUCGAUGUCGCCUGCUGUCCUUUGCUGACGGAUAUGAGCGUUCAAGAGAUGGCCGCGGGUCUGACCAAGCUCAAGCGCAUCGGCCUCGUUAGGGUCACCAAUUUGACUGAUCUGGCCAUCUCGGCACUCAUGCAGCGAUCUUCGCUCGAGAGGGUGCAUCUGUCCUACUGUGAGAACAUCAGCGUGCCUGCGAUCCACGCGCUUCUGCAGCAGCUGCGCCGUCUCACCCAUCUCAGCCUGACCGGCGUUCCUGCUUUCCGUCGGCCAGAGCUUCAGCUGUUCUGUCGCUCGCCGCCGGACGGCUUCAAUACCCACCAACGACAGGCUUUCUGUGUCUACUCUGGAGAGGGCGUGCGUCAGCUCCGAGAUCACCUUGCUCGUACUACUGGCAGCGUUGGUCAGCUCGCCGCCUUUGGUCAACGCGAGCGACACAUGGAUCGCAUGGGCGAUCGUGUAGAGCGCUUUCACGGCGAUCUCGCAGAGCGCAUACAUGCCGAACGAGCUCAGGCCGAACGUUUCAACCUGAACCUGGAACGCACACAGAGCGACCUCACGAUGCGACGAGAGCUGGGCGCGAUGCAGCUCGAUAACGGCGAUCGAGCAGAAAUGGAGGAGGAUGACCAAACUAUCUUGCUACGAGGCGAGCUGGAUGGUCGCGGACGUCCCGAUGAUGCGAUGCGCUUCGACCCUGCGCAGACAGACCUGUUGCGUGUCAGGCUGCAAGAGCAUCGACUCGCAGCUGAAGCGGUCGCUCAAGCUGCAACAACCGCGCCGCCAAACGGUCCUCAAGCACCGCGUGACUUUCGCUUCCUUGGUCCACCUCUGCAUAUGCCCGGGCCCGUCCAACUCGCCGCGCAAAGAGAUGCCGAGCCUGCCGGCAAUCGACAAGUGAUGACGGAGGGGCAGCAGCGAGAUCAUUUUGCGAACGUCCAGCGUGUCUUUCAGCGCCUGCCUUUACGCGAACAAGAGCCGAUGCCCGGAUAUCUACCCAACAGUAUUCGAGAGACGAGUCAAGGCUUCCCCGAAUAUCGCUUUCUGGACUUAGCAGGCCGCGGCAGCCUCGAUCUACCGGAUGCAACACUAUCUCGCGAUACUGCCCCGUCUAGCAGUCGAGACAUCUGGCAGGGUACAACAGCGCAACAGCAAGCGCAUCUGGCUAUGCUGCAGCAGCGCCACGCACAGGGUCACGAGCCGGGUCGUGCUCAACAGGAUGCAGACGACGAAGAUGAUUUUGAAGAUGACGAGGGUCGCCUUAUGGACCUUGACCGUUGA